CCAGCUUGGCUCAAUACAGCAGUGAGAACAAGUGAAUAGAAUUAAACUUGGAGUAACAAACAGCUCACUCAUAGAGGAGAAACAAUGGCCUCUUCUGACCAACACUAUCACCGUAGUCAAAAAUGCCAGCCUCCUGUGCAAAGGGAUGUGACUUUCAUUCCUGUUUCAAUGCACGGCAGGCCAAAAAAUCCAGCAGAGACCAGGGGAUGGGCACAGCUCUGGUUGACCCGGCUGUCAUCAUGCAUGAUGAAGCAAAAUUUUAGGGCCUGAUGCUGGAAACAACUGCAAGGUCAGGGUCAUGAACUCCCUGAGGUUAUCAAAGGAUAGUGGCAGUGAUGGGGGCUGUGGUGAGGUCCCAGAGGAAUAUGUUCUGCUGCAGAUGGAUCAAGAACUGGACCAGAGGCUGAACCGUCUCUGUAUGCUGAGGACUGGAAUGACACCCUCAAACACACCAUGGGUGACAGGACCCAGCACAAGACCAAGAUCUGCCCCUCAAGCAUCAGAUGGCCAGCAAAGGAGUCUCCCACAUAACACAAAUACAGAUUUUAGCGGUACCAGUUCCAGCAACGUUUCUGAUAGAGUACAAAAUGUAGUUGUAAAUAACAGUAAUCAGAAUGUAAUGGUUAGUAAACGUCGUGAUACAGAUGACUAUAUGAGAGGUCUUGGAGCCCAGACAAGUGUUAAGGUCAAUGAAGAUGUUGAUAAGAGAAAUAAGGAAGAAUUGAUGACUGGCAAUCCUUCAGGUACGACAUCAAAUCAGACUAUUGGAACAGGGGAUAUGUCUGAUAAAAGUAAUGUAGGUGAAGAAGAGGUUGAUGAAGAUGAAGAGAGUAAUACUCGGGAGGAAGAAGCCAUAUUUGAUGAGUUUCUCGACCAUUCCACUCGGGUUCGGAUCAACAUGCUGACCAAGAAAGUAUCUGCACUUACUGAGGCUCUCAAAUUCGCUCAGGGAGAAUGCAAGAGACUAUCAUGUGCAAAACGAGAAGCGAGUGGAGCAGCCCAGGCCGCAGAGACGGAGAGACGCACCUUGAGUAAGCAGGUACACGUGCUGCAGCAGGAGACCAGCAAGCUCCAGAAAUCCAACAAACAUCUUCAGGAGAGAGUCAAGGAGCUCGGCGGGGAGUGUCAGGGUCUGCGUAAGGAAUUAUCCAGCCGACAGCAGGGAGAGUGUGAGCGCCGCAGUGCCCAGUCGUCUCACCAAGCUCAGUUGACACGCUCGAGGGCAGAUAACGCAACCCUCAGAGACCAGAUGGCCAUCCUCAAGACCAAGCAUAAGGAGGAGGUAGAUCAGCUGCGUUCCUCGGUAGCCAACAGCAAUGCCAGGGUGAAGGAGCUGGAGAGACAACAGAGGAAUUACUCGGCACUUGUCAAGAAGCAGGAGAAACUCAUCACAAUCCUGAAUGAGCAGAAGAACAACAUCGCCGCGGCCAAAACUGUGGUGGGUCUGGAGGAGAAGUUUCUGUCCGUCGUCUCACAGUUACAACCCCCGUAAACAUCGCAAACCUAACCACAUGCCGCAUUGAGCCACAUAGGAGUGAAAUUCUCUGAUGCGUAUGACCCCUGCAGAGAAAACCCGAGAGAUUCGAGAAAGCCUGCGCCUAGGUGGUGGCAGGUGGUACCCUAGGAAAGUGGCACCUGUGAUAUGGUUGGGUAUGACGUUGGGGCUACUACCUUGGUGCCACGAUGGUCA